GAAGUCUCACAACAUAGUUUCAAAUAUUCCUCUGAGUCAAUUUAAUAAUCAAUUCCGAGAUACGAACCCUUUUACUUCUCCAUUCGAUUCUCCUCGACUACCAAAAUUUCAAGAUCGACAAGAUUUCGAAGAUUUAAGUUCCAACAAGACUCGGAACGAUCAUUCAACCAGGAUUCGGGGACUUCAGAAUUCAACACUCGAGAAUUGUGAAUCAUUCGGAAUCGGCAUACCUCUUCACAGUCACAUAGACAAAUUCGACCUUGAGUCGGACCACACUAUGACGGACACGACCAGCAGCACACUUUCACAAGCUUCGGGGAAAGCUGAGCAAGAUUAUGAUAUGGAACAUCGUAAUCAAUUCAUGACCGAUGUUGAACUAUCGGCUGUUGAUGAUAAUCAUUUGAAUAAUACCACUGUUCGGAAUUUUAUAUGGAAUGAUGUGACGGUUACUGUGAAGGAUCAUAAAACUAAAGAAUCAAAAGCAAUUUUAGAUGAUGUUAGUGGUGUUGUUGAAGCUGGAGAGAUAUGCGCUUUGAUGGGACCAAGUGGCUGUGGAAAAACUACUCUGUUAAAUGUUUUGGCUCAUAGAAAUGCAGCUGCUAAAGCGGUUGUAACGGGAAAGACGCUGGUCAAUGGAUCAAGUCCAUCUAAAAGUGUUUUUCGGGAUAUGAGUUCAUAUGUUGAACAAGAGGAUGCUCUCAUAGGCUCCUUGACAGUACAAGAAACGUUGAACUUUGCGGCUCGUCUUGCUCAUAAAAGUUCUUUGACAAAAACUGAGCGAAUGAGACGGAUCAGCGGCUUGAUAAAUUCAUUCGGUCUUCGUAAUCAGGCGCAUACCAUUAUUGGAACACCAAUUCAAAAAGGUAUUAGUGGUGGUCAAAAACGACGAGUUAGUGUUGCCAGUCAACUCAUCACUGGACCUAAAAUUCUCUUCUUGGAUGAACCUACAUCUGGGUUGGACUCUGCAGCAAGUUGGGAAGUGAUGUCCUUUGUUAAAAAGGUUGCAAAACAAAACAAUUUGAUUGUUAUAGCAAGUAUUCACCAACCUUCUACUUCUACUUUCCAAUUAUUUGAUAAGUUAUUACUAUUAUCUGGAGGAAAAUCGCAUUACUUUGGUCCUGUCUCAGAAGUCAAUCAACAUUUCGAAUCCAUAGGGUAUCCAAUCCCACUUCAUAUGAAUGCUUCGGAAUACCUUCUUGAUCUCAUGAAUAUCGACUUUGCAGUCAAUCAAUCGCAAUCACAGGCAAGAUUACUACAAAUUUAUGAAUCUUGGUUGGGUUCAUCUACUUUUCGACAAAUGAAUGAUAAAAUUCAGCAUACAUUGCAACAUGUCAAGCCUUUACCCGUGGCCAAUUCCUCACGUGGUGGAUUUUUCAAUGUAUUGAUGACAUUGGUACACAGAGCAUUCAUCAAGAGUUAUCGAGACGUGGUCGCAUAUGGUAUUCGUAUUGCAAUGUAUAUGGGGCUUGCUAUUAUGAUGGGUACAGUUUGGUUACGUCUCAAAACUGAUCAAAGCGAAAUUCAACCUUUCAUCAAUGCUAUCUUCUUUGGCUCAGCUUUCAUGUCUUUUAUGGCUGUCGCUUAUGUUCCAUCUUUUCUCGAAGAUCGUUCUACAUUUAUCAAAGAACGGGCAAAUGGUCUUUAUGGGCCCACUGCAUUCAUGCUCUCAAACUUCAUUAUUGGCUUACCUUAUUUAUUUUUAAUAUCAUUUCUCUUUUCCGUAACGACCUAUUUUCUCAACAAUUUUCGACCUACGGCUCCUGCCUUCUUCACGUGGAUAAUGUGGCUGUUUCUUGAUCUUCUCGCUGCCGAAUCACUCGUCGUUCUUAUAUCCUCUUUAUUCCCUUCAUUUGUAAUAUCUCUUGCUCUUACUGCUUUUGCAAAUGGAUUAUGGAUGAGUGUCGGUGGUUUCUUGGUACCUCCCCAAAUCCUUAACGUGUUUUGGAGAUAUGUGUUUCAUUACAUUGAUUACCAGACAUACGUUUUCCAAGGAAUGAUGGUCAAUGAAUUUUCAGAAAGAGACUACACUUGCGGAACUUCUUGUCAAUGCAUGUACAUCACCGAUCUGGCGCCUCAAUGUAAAAUUAGUGGGAAAGGAGUUUUAGAUCAAUAUGGAUACAAGACCGGCAAGACUGGUGAAUGGGUAGGUAUUUUAAUUGCAAUUAUUUUUGUAUAUAGGAUUUUAGGCUUGGGUGCCAUGUAUUUUAGACGAUAGAGUCACUAUUUGGUGAAUGGAUGGACAAGAAUGGAGAAGACUUUGGGUGUUGGAGAGGUAAAAGUGGCUUGGAUGUUACCUGAUUAGGAACGAGGUACCAGAACGCGGCACGGGUGGUGGCAGCUUUGGAAAGUGUGGUGACCAGAUGUCAUGCGGACACAGUGUUGUACAUCAAUAAGUGCGAGGAAUUGUUCAUAUGGUUUAUCCUUCAGGUUUCGAGAAUUUUUUGGUUUGGUGUCCA